AUGAGGAGCACCCUUCUGCUGAUCCACAUGAGGAGCACCCUUCUACUGAUCCCCAUGAGGAGCACCCUUCUACUGAUCCCCAUGAGGAGCACCCUUCUACUGAUCCACAUGAGGAGCACCCUUCUACUGAUCCACAUGAGGAGCACCCUUCUACUGAUCCACAUGAGGAGCACCCUUCUACUGAUCCACAUGAGGAGCACCCUUCUACUGAUCCACAUGAGGAGCACCCUUCUACUGAUCCACAUGAGGAGCACCCUUCUACUGAUCCACAUGAGGAGCACCCUUCUACUGAUCCACAUGAGGAGCACCCUUCUACUGAUCCACAUGAGGAGCACCCUUCUACUGAUCCCCAUGAGGAGCACCCUUCUACUGAUCCACAUGAAGCCUGUGAUCUUCAACAUCUUUCUGACACUCUAUGAUAAACACUGUCCAAUUAGAAUCAAACAUAUGAAUAAUUCCAUUAGAGUCGACAAGUGA